AAGCCAUAGCUUGAGAAGCCAUAACUGCUGCUAUCUCAACCAUUGGAGUAGUCAAUAGAGUACCAGUUUUAUGGUCUUGAUGUACAUCUUUGAGACAUAUCUGGAUAUACGGCAACAUGCAUCUCUAAAGCUGCCAAUUCUUCCUAAACCUUUGGUUGGAGUGGUCAGUCAAGAAAAAUUUGAGAAGUCUCGAGCAUAUAGUCUUGAUAAAAGCAACUUCCACUUUAUUCAUGGGGCUGUAACCAUACUAAUGGAUACCACAAUUUUGUUCUUUGGAGUGCUGCCAUGGUUUUGGAAGAGAUGUGGAGACUUUCUGGUGCACAUGGGCCUUAAUUCAGAGAAUGAAAUACUUCACACCCUUGCAGUCUUAGGAGGUGUUAUGAUUUGGUCACAGGUGCUGCCGGUUAUGAUAAUGGGAGCCUUCAUUCCCGGUCUCAGACGUAAAUAUCCGCUCCAUGAAUACAUUUCCGCCAUUCUUUUAGUGGUGGGUUUGAUCCUUUUCACCUUAGCAGACGCCCAUACAUCUCCGAAUUUCAGUCUUCUUGGAGUUGUGAUGGUGUCGGGUGCUUUGGUCAUGGAUUCUUUUCUGGGUAAUUUUCAGGAAGCCAUAUUUACAAUGAAUCCUGAAACCACACAGAUGGGGAUGCUCUUUUGCUCCACUGUGGUUGGGCUUCCUUUCUUGAUUCCACUCAUGCUUUUAACGGGAGAGCUGUUCACGGCCUGGAAUUCCUGCUCUCAGUUGAUCUCACUGGAUAUGGGUACCAUAAUUGCUGGUGAUAAAUUUCGUGGAGAUUUUGAAGAAAGGCUGAAAGCUGUUCUGAAGGAAGUCACUGCUUCCAAUGGACAGAUUAUUUUGUUUGUUGGUGAGAUCCACACUGUUGUCGGUGCAGGUUUGUGAUUAAGAUCAUCUGCAUGGUAUUUCUAUUCAUCAUUUUUGUUGUUGUCAUUGUCAUUGUUCUUGUCACCAUCAUCUUAGCCUUCUCCAGCAAUUUAUGAUCAGCUUUUAAAAAGUAAAGUGGCAAAAGUUUGUGAUUGACUUCCCACCAUUCAUCAACAUUGGGGUUUUGCAAACCAGUCACGACAGAGGCUCACAUUGACAUAUGCCAACAUUGUCCCACCCAGUACUAACCUCAACACUGCUAUGGUCAUGGAGGGGCAGUUGCUAGGCAAUACCACUGAGCACAAGUCACUCAAGCACAUGAAGGGUCAUGCUAGUGUAAAUGCUCAGGUGGAUGGCUGUCUAGGAUAGCAACGAGCCAAUCAAUCCAUUUUCGUUGAUGCAUUGUUAGUCUGGCCUGUAGCUAGAUCCCUAGGCAACGGAAAGGAAAUUCCAAAUUGCACUGAGGACCUGAGGUGCCUGGUAGUAACAGGGUUCCUUGACUAGAACGGCAGUUGUUGAGCAACCACAGCGAUGAAGGGAACUAUCUAUGCAUGCACUGCUGGUAAAAGUAGUUUUUCAAUUUCAGCAGCUUUCUGUUGCAAUUAUGAAAGGGUUUUAGUCAGCGGUACUGGUGCCAUUCCAAGCAGUGGUGGGACCCACCUGACAGACGUGCCUACAACUAACCGAGCGCCACGUCAGAUCAACUCCCUUUAUAGUUAUGUUUGCAGGAGAUCUCCAAAUCAUUGGAAAUUUGAGUUUUGUGUUUUCCCUCUGUAAUCUCAGGAACUUUCUGUGACACGUUGUCUAUUCUCUGAGGUGACUAAUCCCUAUUCGUUGUCACUACAUUCACCUCAACAAGCCCAUAAUCUCUUGUUUAUUGCCAUUGAUAUGUAUUCAAAGCUUGUGGUUUUAAUUCUCAAGGUCUACAUGCAUGUUUGGUAGCUGUACUGGGCCGGAUUCAUCCUCACUACACCAAAAAGGCCCGUGUUUCUUUAAAAGCACUUGGGGCAUCAGACAAUGAGAUCCUUUCUCACACUUUCUGUUUGCUAUUGUGAUGGAACUAUUUACUGCACUCCAUUUUCUAAAGACAGUAGCAAUGGGCUUCCAAGUCAUGGCAGCAAGCUUUAAUCUUCUAGGCUCUGGAACUUUAUAUCUAUUUGUUGGUGGAAUACUACUUGCUUACAGUGUGACGAAUGAUGCAAGUAUUUUGACGAAUGAUGUGAAUGGUCAUCAUGUCAUGUUGAAUUGCUUCA